AUGGCUAAGAAGAGAAAAGUAGGGGCCCGGAGUGGGGUGGGGGGGGGGGAGAGGCUAGGGAGACUGAGGCCAGAGAGCUCCUGCGGCAACGCUGGAAAAGAGGCCCAAGGCACUCUCCCAGUUUUGGAGAGAACAAAUUCCUCUACGGAAUCCUUGCACACUCACACCGGCGCGAGCGAAGAGGGCCCGCGUGAGCUCCUAGUCUGGACCCCGGGGACCGAGGAUGCAGGGGGAGAGAGCGGCGCCGGGGGCGACUUCUCCGUCGCGACCCUUCUGGGAGCCAAGACUUGCAGCUGGCGGGGCGGGGAGGGGGCGCGCGCCGCCGCGCACAUUCCACGCCCGCCUCCCGCACAAACAGCGGAGAGGGCGGAGGGGAAGGGCGCGGCGGGGGAGGCGACAGUUGGGGGCUCCCGGGCCCUGAGAUCCCCGGCCUGGAGCGGAUCAGCGGGGGUACCGGGGGCACCUGGCGUGGCGCGGUCCCAGCCGAGCCAAAGCGGGACGCGGGGCCCCAGGCUCAGCCAUCGUGGGGGAGCGCCUGGGGUGAUGCGCGGGGACCAGGCUGAGGUCACUGAGGGUCAGGCUCGCCGCCCUCCACCAGCUGCAGCAAGAGCGGUCGGAGGAUGCUGCGCUAGGGCUCCCGCGGCCAGGCUGAGCCGAGCUGGGCGCGCGGGGCGCGCGGGCAGGUCCGUAGGCUCCGCCCGCGGCGGCGAGCGACAAAUCCCCGGCGGAUGCCGGGGCACGGAUCCCCGGGGAGCAGCAGCCUAUGAAGGUGCAGCCCACCGGCCGAUGGCGGCGUCCCGGCUCGGCGAAGCAGAAGCCACCGCUGCCGCCGGCCGGGUCCGCGGCGCCUCCCGCCGCCCACCAGGCUCGACUCCGGCCCGCGCCGCGCAUGCGCUCCGUCCCCCCCUUAAAGGGCCAGCGCGUUCCCGGGUGCUGAGAAGUGUGUGCAGGGCUGCGGAGGAAGUUUUCAACCUGCCACACAGAGCGCAAACUCCGGAGGGGAUUCCUGGCGCGGAAGGAAUUGUGGCGGUCGGUCGGGAAUUUCCUGAUGGACAUAUCGAGGAGGGGCGGCCCUCAGCUAUAGAUUCACGAUUGCUGACCUGGAAGCCGCGAGUUCUAGACAGUGUUCAUGCCCAUUUUCCUCUGGGACGUUUUGUGACUCUCUUCCCUUUUGCAGGCUUCAGUGUCCCCAUCCAUCGGCGGAGAUGACCACACUGGACGAACUCAGCUCUCUUGGCGGUGCUCCUCACAGGGAGAGGAUUUGUAGGGAUUGAGAGUUGUUCUGUUUCAUUCGGUUAUUUGCAUGGGAUCCCGGGAGUGUGCCCCUAGUUCUGACUUUGGAUACCCCAAUCCCUGGCACCUGGCUGGAGACAAGAGCUUUCCCAAUCAUGGGACCAAGACAGCAACCUCAGAGUGGGAGGCAGUGUUCGGGGAGUGUCAACCUGGCCAGAUUAGUACAGUUGAUGGUUGUAUGUGGCACGUGGACUCUGUAGAUCCAACACACCCUCUCCUUUCCCUGUAGCACAGGUCUGCACGUGACUCUGUAACUAAGAACUACCAAAUGUCUACAGCUCGAGGUCAGGUUUAAGACCUUCUUUCCCCCAUCAGUAGUUGGUAUGAAUAGCAGUCAUCUGGGAGAAAUGUUCCUGACAGAUACAGUUUGGAUAUUGAAGGUCUCCCAAAGACCAGUGUGUCCCCAAACGGUGCUAUUCAGAGGUAGCAGAACCUUUGGGAGGUGUGUGUGUGUGUGUGUGUGUGUGUGUGUGUGUGUGUGUGUCUUUAGGUUGCUGGAAGUAUACCCUCUGUCCUAACUAAUAUCCUCUCUGUAGCUGUGAUAAGACACUGACCAAAAGCAAUUUAGGGUGGAAAGGAUUUCUUUGGUCUGUACUUCCAGGUCACAGUCCAUCAUUGAGGAAAGUCAGGGCAGAUCCCAGGAGGAAUGCUGCUUGCUGACUUACUCAUUCAUGUCAGCUAUUUAUUUGUAGACAAGAUCUCACUAUGUAGCACUGGCUGGUCUGGGACUUGAUAAGGAGACCGGUUUGGUUCCAAUCUCACAGAGUUGUGCCUGCCUCUGCCUCUGGAGUGCUGGGAUAAAAUGCAUGUAUCCACAGCAAGAGUAGAAAAGACCUGAGACUCCCCAGGCCCUUAGCGCUUCUCCGUGGGUUCCUUAAAGUUCCUCCUGGUGUCAGAUCUUUCUGAGCUUCAGUCACGUUUUGUCACCUGCCGUGUCAGGAACCAGUUAUGGUCAGUGCCAGGGAUGUCCCCAGAAGGCCAGGUUCCAGGCAAGUAGGCCUGGCUCUUCCUCAACUCACAGAGGCAAGAAGAGUCCCGGCAUGCAAAUGCCAUGAGAGAUCAACAACUGCUACCUUCUUAUUGUGUAAACAGGGAAGCCCAAAUCUCAGAGUGCAAACCCCCCAAGCUCACACAGGGACAAGCAGCACAACCAGACUGUGAGUAGAAGGCCUCCUUCCAACACUGCCUCUCCACCUAAUAAUACUUGUCUCUCAUGUUUAUCCAGUGCUCAUGGGGAAUUCAAAGUAUGUUUACAAGUUCUCUGCCAUACUUCUGUGACUAUUGGAGCCCGAUCCCCCCUCCUCUGCAUGUGUGCUAAGCUUAAGGACUUGUCUCUCGGGAACAGAAUGAGAGGGGGUGGAUGCUCUGAGACCCUUAGGGCCUGGUCACAAAAAUGAGAUGCUGUCCUCAGAAGACACCAGCUGCCGUAUUGUGAGGAAGCGCAAGUGAUACAGAUGCCACAGGAGGGCUCUCUGGCCGAUAGCUCCCAAUAGCUCCUUGGCCAAGCGAGACAAUCAGUACAGGUGCUAAACUAAGUCUUUGGAAGAUUCAGCUUCUGGCCUUUGGGUCUUACCCCUACAGUCUCAGACAUGGAGCAGAGGCAAGCCAACAACAUGCACCCUGUCUGAACUUUUCUCCUAUAGACAUAGAAAUAAUAAGUGAUAUAUAUAUAUAUAUUUAAAAGCAGGUAACUUUCAGCGGUAAUUUGUGACAUAGCAUCCAGAAAAUUAGCACAGCAGAUUUCCUAAAAUGAGAUAGAUUUGGGGGUAUUCAUAAUGCAUACUAAAUAGAUGUAGGUUAUUCACGGAAACCUUCAAAUGGUAUAAGUUUUAGGAAGCAUCUACACUGGUACCAGGCACUGUGGCUACAGAUGUGAACAAGAGGGAUGUGGUCUUUGUCCCAACAGACUUUAUGGUCUACUAGUGGAGGAGAAGGUUGGACACAAUUCCCAUGAAGUCCUCUGCUGUUGUGGAAUAUUAUUGUAAGGUGUGUUACUUUUGUUUAUGUUGCAUUUGUUUAACUCUGUGUGACUGUCACUGUCUAAAACCCCUGAUGGUCUAAUAAAGAGCUGAAUGGCCAAUAGCA